AUGGGAAAACAUGUCACAGCAUUUACAUAUAUACUGGACAAGAAGUCAUCGAAUAGAGAAUUUUUAGCAACAAAAUUUAAGCUUAAAAUGACAGGAACAAAACAUAGAUCUCAGUACAGAAAGAAAAGAAAGGGAAAUGCUUUCACUGGAGUUCAAAAACAUGCUAAAAAAGUAAGGAAAACAUCGCUGAAAGAAUCUGAAAUCACACAGUCAACACCGAGUUCAGCAUGCGGUCAAUCAUCGUCAAGUUCCAAAUGUGAUGAACCGAUAAGCGCAUCCCGACUGAAAAUGAGGCCACAAAACUCUUCAGAUUGUCCCUCAAACAGUUUGGAUGAUGGAGAAACUGUUCAGAGCGAGGGAUACAGACUUGUAGACCUGAAGAAAUUCUCAUCAACUCUGUCAGAAGCCCACGUAUGUGACGAAGGUAAGAACUCUGAGAAACAAAACACUGUUUGCUCAGUACAAAUGAUGUUGUAUGGCAAAAUGUGUGUUGUAGUUGAAUUUGGUUUACUUUUUUAUUCGAAAUUUUCAAGGUUUGUAAACAUUUUGAUUGCAUCUGUCUAGCAUGUUUGUAACAGUUUGUUUAUGUGCCAAUUUAAAAUUGGAAAUUUUUGUAAAUGCAUAUGUUAUGGAAUGUGGUUUUAAUUUUCAAUGUUAUUGCAUCCUAGGUCAUUUAAAUUUGAAAGAAAAUUCAUCAAUGAGAAGUGGAUUGAUGUCUGACCUUUCUGUUGAAUGUAGCUCGUGCUCCGAGGCUACAUCACUGAAAACAUCAUCUUCUGUAACCAAUCAAGGGCAAUCAUUUGAUGUGAACCGACGUGCUGUUUACCAUUCUUUGGAGACAGGUGGUGGCUAUGAAGGGCUUGUUUCAUUUUGUAGUAUCAUGAAUAUGCCCUGUAUUUCAUCUGCUGCCUACUACAAACUAGUUGACACCAUACUUGUGGCUCAAGAAGCUGAAGCCAAGGAUGAAAUGCAACAGGCAAGUCAACGACUUCGAGAUUAUAUCUUCAAAGAAAAUGGAGAGAAAAAUUGUGAUGAUGUUGUUGUCGAUGUAGCUGUUUCCUUUGAUGGGACAUGGGCCAAAAGAGGGUUUACUUCCUUAACUGGGGUAGUUUUUGUACUAGCUGUAGAUACUGGAGAAGUUCUUGACUACCAUGUACUCUCCAAAGAAUGCCGUAAAUGUACAAUGAAGAAAAGCCGAUGUAAAACUGAUAAGGAGUUUGAAGAAUGGCAGAUUGAACAUAUAUCCUCCAAUCAGUGUGAUAUCAAUUUUACAGGCAGCUCACCUGCAAUGGAGGCUGAAGGUGCUAAAAUAUUGUGGAGCAGGUCUGUGGAACUUCACAAAAUUCGGUACAAGUGGAUGGUUUGUGACGGCGACAGUAAAGCCCAUGCUGCUGUUGAGGAUACAUAUGAUGAAUGCAAGGUUGAAAAGUUAGACUGUGUAGGACAUGUACAGAAGAGAAUGGGAAAACAUCUGAUGAAUCUUAAGUCAACUACCAAGGGCAAGCUUGCUGAUGGCAAAUCUAUCGGAGGACAAGGCCGCCUGACAGAGGUCAGGAUCAAGCGCAUCCAAAGAUACUACGGACUUGCUAUAAGACAAAAUACUUUAAAAAAGGCACACCCAACUGAAAAUGAAGUUAAUGUUGCUGUGUACACCAUGAAGAAAAAUAUUAUAGCUAUCCUUCAUCACUCCAUUCAGUCUAAAGACCUGGCUAAACAACAUCGCUUUUGUCCUGUUGGAGAGUCUUCAUGGUGCAAAUGGCAACAAGACAUUGCUACUGGAACGAACACCUACAAGCCAGAUGAUUGUCUACCAGGAGUGUUCUGUGAUUUGUUGAGCCCAACUUUUAUGACAUUGAGUGAGAGCAAGCUUCUUGAGCGAUGUGUGCGUGGCGCCACACAAAAUCGCAAUGAGUGUAUCAAUGCACUGGUAUGGGCUCGCUGUCCGAAGAACAAGCACCAUGGUGCCAAAUCUGUCCGUUGUGCUGUAGCCUCUUCUGUCUGUCACUUUCACAGUGGGGCAUCUUCUAAAGAAAGGGUGAUGGAAAGACUUUCCAUCCCAGCUGGAGUCUUUACCAAACAGGCAUCAGCAAGAAAGGACAAAAGGCGUAUCAGGAAAGCAGAUAGACAGACAACUGAUUUUGUCACUACAAUGUGCCUUUGAAAAUGUUGGCUGUCAUUGUCUGUGUUAAAACCACCUCAGGAAAUUCCUAUUUUCUCACCUUCCCAUCCUUGGUUUAUAUUGAAAAUAAAUAGAUUCUAGUACCAUAUGUCCUUAUAAAUAUAUUUGAAGCAAUUAAAAACUUGAAAGAUGUACAAGCACUGUACAAGCAAAGGAGUAUAUUUUAUAAUUUUUGAUAAUUUUCUAAUUCAUAUCCCAAUAGAUGAAAAUUGGUUAUAAUAUAGAUAUGUACUAAUUUAGUAAAUAUUUUUUUUUGUUUUUAUAUAAAUUUAUAAAUUUAUGGAGAUAUUUGCCCCUUUAGGUGAUGAGUGACAUGAAAAACAAAAUGUCAACUGCUUUAGAAAUAAAAAUUCUCAUUGAAAAAACUAAUGAUAUACAUAAGUAUGCAAGUUCAUUUAAACUAAAUUUGGUCAAUCAUAUAUCAAUAAUAUUUGGUUGAAAAGACCAGAUUUUUUCAUGCAACUGUUUCUGGGAUAUUGCCAUUUUGGUGAAAGCUCUUGAAUUCAAUCACGUAUUCGCCAUAUUGCUUGCACGUUGGGAGGUAGAAACAUUGUAACAGCUUGCGCGUUAAUGAGUUAACCGGUAUUUGAGCUCAUUAAUUAUUUCUUAAAUUGUUGGAUCUCUUAUUCUUUAACUAUGCUGUAAAAUUUCACAAUGCUCCAUUAAUUAACAGUAACAUUGAUCGAUGUGCAGAUACACGUACGCCUAGCGUACAUAUUUUUUCUAUUGUUUUCAGUCAGGUUUUCGACCAGGUGAUUCCACAGUUAUGCAAUUAGUUUUUGUUGUUAAUAAAAUUUAUCAAGCAUUAGAAAAAGGACAUGAAGUAUGUGCAGUAUUUCUUGAUAUUUCCAAGGCAUUUGAUAAAGUUUGGCAUAAAGGUUUAUUAGCCAAACUUAAAAGUAUUGGCAUAAAUGGCCCCUUACUUCAAUGGUUUGAAAGUUAUUUGACUGAAAGAUAUCAAAGAGUAACCAUUGAGGGAAAGAGCUCUGACUGGGCACAUAUUGAAGCCAAAGUACCUCAAGGAUCUGUUCUUGGACCAUUGUUAUUUCUCAUUUAUAUCAACGACAUAGCUGAUGUUUCUUCCACUGGUUUUCUUUUCGCUGAUGAAGUCAUAUCGCCGAUUGACUAACAAGCUAAAUAACGAUCUUGAUUCUACACCAAUGUGGGCUGAUUGAUGGCUGGUGACCAUGAAUGCUAACAAGACAAAAAACAUGAUAUUUUCUUCCAAGUUAAUCAAGCCCUUGCAUCCUAUGCUUACUUUGGCCAACAAAUCAAUUGAUAUAGUUGACCAACAUGAUCACCUGGGCAUUACUCUUACUAAUAAAUUAUCGUGGCAGCCUCAUAUUCUUAAAAUUCAUCAAAAGGCUUCAAAAAAACUUAACUUACUUAAACCCAAUGAAAUUUAAGCUAGGAAAAACCCCCUUGAAAUUCUAUAUAAAUCUGUUGUCCGUUCUUGCUUAGGUCAUAAAGUUCACGCCUGUGUUCAAGUGGGAGAAAGUUUAAGGAUAAUAGUCUGUCUCUGUAGGUAACAGAGUAGGUAGGUUACGUUGUUUCGCCGAGUAAGGUGACCACACACAUUUACGCGUAUUCAUCCUUUCAGCGACUAUUCGUUCAAUUGCCAUUUUUAGAAACAGUGUGACUCUGCUACACAAGUUUGUAGCUCCCAAUCCGCUAUACGAAAUAGGUGAUCGUCUACCAGCUAUUUUUCAUACUUGUUUGAGAUUAUCUAAUAGUACAUUAAACUAUGAUUUAUAUUUAUAAAAUUGUGAUUCAUCCUCUUUUUGUGCAUGUGGUUUUCCAAAAGAAACUACAGCUCAUUUCUUUUUCGACUGUGACUGAUAUGCUGCUGUUCAGAAAACUUUGCUCACCUCUGCUGCUUCCUUAAUUGGUGCAGUGUGGUCGGGUGCUGGUAAGGGUACAUGUCUUAAGUGGUUACUUUAUGGUAUUGGGAAUGUUUCUAUUGCUACGAAUAUUAAUUUAUUCUUAAGUGUCCAAAAAUUCAUUAUUGAUUCAGGUUGUUUAACUCGUAGCAGCCCUUGACUAUGUUACCCAGUGUGUGUAUGUUAAUUGUGUGUUUGUCCAAAAUUUGUUCUUGCUUUAUUAGCAGUUUUUUUUUGUAAAUAUGUAACGUCAAGAGCGCCAGUAGUGUUGUAUAUAUAUAUAUAUAUUUUUUUUUGUGGGGGGGGGUGUGGGAACCAGCAAGAAAUUAAUAGGGAAUAGUAUUGUGUGUGUGGGCGUUUUAGGGUGUGUCAGGGCGUGUCAGUGGCUGUACGGACGGGGGGAUUGUGUAGGUCACGUGGUUAGUGGUGAAUCGGUGUUUAAUUUAUGCAUGUGGGUGUUUGUUAAUGUCUUUCUGGUCCCCACACCCGACUCGUCGCUAUGCUAUGGCGACGGUCGAUGUAGAUGCGCAUCCAAAGCCUUGGUCGACCGAAGUGCUGGGAUUUUGAAAGUGCGCGCCAUUUAAUGGGGGCAGUGACGUCAUGCGGGUUGGACCAAUGGGCGUGUAGUGUUGAAGUGGAGAGUAAAUUUAUUCAUAUUUUGAUCCUGUCGGACCUUUGCGUAGAUAUUUUAUAGUAAAUUUAUUCAUAUUUUGAUCCUGUUUUACAUAGUCGACCCUUUGUGUAGAUAUAGUAAAUUUAUUCAUAUUUUGAUCCUUUUUUUUUAUAUACAGGUGAAUAUACAUGGUAAAUAAAGUCAUCAACGUCAUUGUCUUCACCGGUCACCCAUCUUUGUGCUGUGACUGUUUUAUAAUGUUGAUUCCAAUUUGGAUUCUUUCCAAUUUUCACCAUUUUCCUUUCGUUUUAGAAAAUUUUUGAAUUCUUCGCUUUCUUUGAGUUUCUUGAUAUGUUCGACGUAGUUUUUUUGUGAUUCUCUAAAUCCUUCUAAUGUAGGGUGAUAUAUGCAAGGUGGUUCGUGAUUGGUUUGUGAUGAUGUCAUCUUCGGAGUGUAUAUAAAUUUUCGAAUGUUCGCACUUUUAUUCAGUCGUGAUGGAAUUGGCCAAGUGGGAAGAGGUUGUUGUUUUGUGGAUGUGCAGGAAAUCGUUUGAAUUGGAAGAGACCGAUAGCGGAAUUGGUUUGCCAAAGGAAAGGCCCGAAUGGCAGAUAACAGAUUUGGAGGAGAUAUUAUUGAAGAGAGAGUUGAUUCCCAAGUUUGUUCGUGGCGAUGAUGUGCUGUAUGACAUACUGAUGAAACAUAUGCAGGUGCAAUUGAUUUUAGCUAUCAGUGUUCCGGAACGGAAGCAGAGCCCUACAUUUGCAUACCUGUGAAAUUGUAAGAAAAUGUUGAUUCAUCAGCUUUUUGCCGACGUACAGGAACGUAAGAAUAAAUUCGAGAAGAAAACUGGUGUGAAUUUAGAUCAUUACUAUAAAUUGCUUGUUACAAAAAAGAGUGGUGAGAAAUGCAUGCUAGAGAUGAUUGAGGCACAUAAUAAGUUGAAAGAAAAGACAGGUAAUUUUUUUUAUUGAAAAAAAAAUAUACAUGUGUAAAUUAUUUUAGAGUUCUAGUUGAUUAUAUAUGAGUUCGAGUUCACUGUCUAAUUCCAUAGAGGGUCUUAAUGUCUCUGCUACUUUUACAUUGCCACAUGUCAACAGGUAUUGGGCUAUGGUAUCUUCGAUAUUUUUGUGUUGGCUUUUGAAUACUUCUUUGUCGUUGAUAUGGACGUAUUGAUAUUGGGUUCCGUCUGUGCAUAGGAACAUGAAUUUGUCACUGUUGUAUUUAUCGAUGUGUGUGAGUUUUUCUUUUAGUUCGUUUAUUUUGUGUUUGGGAUAGUUUGGGUAGAGACUCAUCAUUUGUCGUGCUUUUGUUUCGCAACUAAUUCUUAGAUUUUCGUCUAAAAGUUCUUGAAAUGAUUUGUCUUGAUUCUCGUUGGCAAGAUAUUCGGUGACGGCCUCAUCUAGAAUGGCUUUAGUGCUUGUGAACUUUUUCGACGUGUUGAGGUGUAUGUACUCGAAGUCGGCUGGUUUCGUGUAAUAUACGCAAUAGGUUGGCAUAAACUCUUGUGUAUUUUGCUCUCGCAUUCAUUUAAAUUUGUCGUUGAGUUCUUGUUCUUGAUGUUCUUGGAUUGCACGGUAUGUAUUUAGACGACAAUUCUCACAGUAGCGUUGUCUAUAGUGUAGUUUGCCAUUGUGUGCAUCUGUAUGUUCACAGUGUAGACAGUUUUCGUUGAGACAAUUCUUUUUAGUUAGACCCCGCACAAAUUGUUUUUCAAACGGUAGCAUACUUGCAAAAUCAUCAUCAUCAUCAUCGUUGUCCAUUUUUUUUCAGGUACAGGUCUUUUUGGUACGAAAUUUAUAAAGAGCGAAAAACCCUCAGGAUGUGAAGGCACUUCAGAAAAGAAAAAAAUCCUGGUCGAUUACUAA